GGUUGAAGAAACUUAGCUGAAAUUUGUGGAGAUGAGGCCUAUAUUCUGUGGUAAUUUCGAGUAUGAUGCACGCCAGAAUGAUCUUGAGAGACUUUUCAACAAGUAUGGAAAGGUUGAGCGGGUUGAUAUGAAGUCUGGAAUAUCAUGGCAUAUCCAUUCUCUUCCUGGCUGAUGCAUUGCUCUACAUUUCCUUUCAUGCACGCGUUGUUUUCAGAAUUGCUGAUCUGAUUUGCAAUGGCACAACCACCUAACAUUUUCCUGAGACACCAUUGCCAUCCAUUCCCAUUGACCUCCACCUGGUCACCGAUUUCAGACAUGUUUCAAUAUGUGCCGACCUCGUGCUCAAAAGCAGCAGAAUAGGACUGAGCUGGCACCCCCUCUUCAGGGACAUACCAUGAGACACCUACUUUUGGAUUGUUGUUCCCUGACAUCAUUAAUUUCAUCAUACAAGGAUUUGCGUUUGUGUAUAUGGAUGAUGAACGAGAUGCUGAGGAUGCAAUAAGAGGACUGGACCGUGCAGAAUUCGGUAGACAAGGUCGUCGACUUCGCGUUGAGUGGACAAAGCAAGAAAGAGGUAUUAGGAGGCCUGCAGGCUCAAGGAGAUCCUCUGCCAAUUCAAAGCCAACAAAAACCUUGUUUGUUAUUAACUUUGAUCCUAUUCACACUAGAACAAGGGAUUUGGAGAGGCACUUUGAUGCAUAUGGGAAGAUCUUGAAUAUAAGAAUUCGAAGGAAUUUUGCAUUCAUUCAGUUUGAAUCACAGGAUGAUGCCACCAAAGCUUUGGAGGCAACAAACAUGAGCAAGUUGAUGGAUCGAGUUAUUUCGGUGGAAUAUGCUGUUAGAGAUGAUGAUGAAAGAAGAGACGGCCACAGCCCUGACCGAAGGGGUGGUAGAGAUAGAUCACGUGAACGUGGGAGAUCUCCUAGUCCUUACAGGAGGGAUAGAGGCAGUCCUGAUUACGGCCGUGCUCCUAGCCCAGAUAGAAGGCGUGGGUCGAGAGACAGCCCUUACAGAAGAGAGAGAGCCAGUCCAGACUAUGGUCGUGGACCAAAGGAGAGUCCAUACCGCAGAGACAAGGGAAGUCCUGACUAUGGGCGUGGCCGAAGUCCAAGUCCAGUUAGGAGGCGUUCAUCAAGGGAUAGUCCUUAUGCAAGAGAAAAGGUUGUUAGUCCUGGUUAUGAUCGUGGAAGCCUGAGCCCAGUCAAGAAGCGUGAGAGAAAGGAUAGCCCUGCUUGUAGCCCAAGCAUGAGCCCAAGCAAGAAGCGUGGACGAAGGGAUAGUCCAUAUGGAAGAGAGAGAGCGGCUAGCCCUGGGUAUCGUCGUGACCCUAGUCGAAGCCCUGUAAGAAAGGAUGAGACAAAUGGAAGUCCUAAUGGCAAAGCUGAAAGUCCAGCAUAUGAGAGACAUCGCAGUCGGUCACCCGUGGAAGAUCGUGAAAGAUCAUGAUGGAUAGAGAGAAGCAAUGUCUAGAAGAAGAGCGCAAAUGAACUUGUGAGAGUGAGCCGUCUUUAUUAUAGAUUUUUCUGUAAUAUUAGAUUGAUAGUGAAGUACCUUGUGCUCAUUAGUUAACUUUGGUGAUUCAUUAGGCAACUUAAACUGGUUUUUAAUUGAAUUGUUGUUUGGUUGUUAAAUUAUCACAAGGUGAGAGGAAACCAUGAGUGUUUUCUUUUUGUUUUUGAA